GCAGCUCGGCACAGGCGGUGGCCGCCCGGGUGCCUCGAGGGCGCCAGAGGAACCCCGCCUCCCGGCGUGCGGGACGGGGACCGGCCUCCGCACGCCCUCGGCCAGGACGCCUGGGGGAGAUGGUGUAAAGUCCUGUGGCUGAGGCCCCCUUGCCUGGGCGCCCAGGUGGCCUCUGCAGCGCCCUGUCCCCCCAGGGCUGGCCCCACAGGGUGGACGAAGGUUGGGUGAUGCGGCUGGCUGAGAGCUGUGAUUUCAAUGAGGAAGGUGGCAACAUGGAAGACACAAGCGCUCCCGGGCCCCUGACAGGAACCUCUGACAGGAUUCUUGGUCCCACGUGCCGGGAACUCCAUUCAGGCCCUUGGCAGAUGGGCAUCAGCACCGCUCACUAGCCGGCAGGAUGGAGACCACACCCCUGAAUUCCCAGACGGCGUGCCCGGUGGGCCAAGACAGAGAGGACUGUCGAGAAGAUGCUGUGCUGCACAAGGGUGUGCCUGCAGACAAAGCAGAGUCAAGCCACAUGUCCAAUGGGUACUCAGGGGUUCCCAGCCCCGGGGCAGGAGAUGACACUGGGCGUGCCAUCUUGGGUGCCACCACCACCUUGGUGGCUGAGGCUCAAGGAGAACGGGAGACCUGGAGCAAGAAGGUGGAUUUCCUCCUCUCGGUCAUUGGUUAUGCCGUGGACCUGGGCAAUGUGUGGCGCUUUCCCUACAUAUGUUACCAGAAUGGAGGAGGCGCGUUCCUCAUCCCUUACACCAUCAUGGCCAUUUUUGGGGGGAUCCCACUGUUCUACAUGGAGCUUGCGCUGGGCCAGUACCACCGGAAUGGAUGCAUUUCCAUAUGGAGGAAAAUCUGCCCAAUUUUCAAAGGGAUCGGGUUUGCCAUCUGCAUCAUUGCCUUUUACAUCGCCUCCUACUACAACACCAUCAUGGCCUGGGCACUCUACUACCUCAUCUCCUCCUUCACGGACCAGCUGCCCUGGACUAGCUGCCAGAACGCCUGGAACACUGCCAACUGCACCAACUACUUCUCAGAGGACAACGUCACCUGGACGCUCCACUCCACGUCCCCAGCAGAGGAGUUCUACACGCGCCAUGUCCUGCAGAUCCACCGGUCAAAGGGCCUCCAGGCCCUGGGCGGCAUCAGCUGGCAGCUGGCUCUCUGCAUCCUGCUCAUCUUCACCGUGAUUUACUUCAGCAUCUGGAAAGGUGUCAAAAGCUCCGGCAAGGUGGUGUGGGUGACAGCCACCUUCCCAUACAUCAUCCUGUCCAUCCUGUUGGUGAGGGGCGCCACUCUCCCAGGAGCCUGGAGAGGUGUUCUCUUUUACCUGAAGCCCAACUGGCAGAAGCUCCUGGAGACGGGGGUGUGGGUGGAUGCCGCUGCUCAGAUCUUCUUCUCUCUAGGCCCAGGCUUUGGGGUCCUGUUGGCUUUUGCAAGCUACAAUAAAUUCAACAACAACUGCUAUCAAGAUGCCCUAGUUACCAGCGUGGUGAACUGCGGGACAAGUUUUGUUUCAGGAUUCGUCAUCUUCACGGUGCUGGGGUACAUGGCAGAGAUGAGGAAUGAAGAUGUGUCUGAGGUGGCCAAAGAUGCAGGCCCCAGUCUCCUCUUCAUCACAUACGCGGAAGCCAUCGCCAACAUGCCAGCAUCCACUUUCUUCGCCAUCAUCUUCUUCCUCAUGUUGAUCACUCUGGGCCUGGACAGCACGUUUGCAGGCCUGGAAGGGGUGAUCACGGCAGUGCUGGAUGAGUUUCCACACAUCUGGGCCAAGCGCCGGGAGUGGUUUGUGCUCCUAGUGGUCGUUGUCUGCUUCUUCGGAUCCCUGAUGACCCUGACUUUUGGAGGGGCCUACGUGGUGAAGCUGCUGGAGGAGUAUGCCACAGGGCCUGCGGUGCUCACCGUCGCACUCAUCGAAGCGGUUGCUGUGUCCUGGUUCUAUGGCAUCAGUCAGUUCUGCAGCGACGUGAAGGAGAUGCUGGGCUUCAGCCCCGGAUGGUUCUGGAGAGUCUGCUGGGUUGCCAUCAGCCCUGUCUUCCUCUUGUUUAUCAUUGGCAGUUUUCUGAUGAGUCCACCACAGCUACGACUCUUCCAGUAUAAUUAUCCCCACUGGAGUAUCAUCCUGGGUUACUGCAUAGGGACUUCGUCUAUCAUCUGCAUCCCUGUGUAUAUCAUUUACCGGCUGAUUGUCACUCCAGGGACAUUUAAAGAGCGUAUCAUCAAAAGUAUCACUCCAGAAACACCAACAGAAAUUCCCUGUGGAGACAUCCGCUUGAACGCCGUGUAGCACACUGCUGUAGGAGCAUGAUGGCGUCUCAACUUCUCCCCAUUCUGACAAGUCACACCUCACCUUCUCCCCUUGGAAUGAAAGAGUUUCCAGCUAAACUUGCAGACAGAAGGGCCCCUAGAGACACGGUCCUAGAAGACUAUGGUGCCCAGACUCUUGUGGCUUUCAGCCACUUCUUUCCAUGGAAUCUUCUGGACAUACUGUCACAUUAGACUGUGUCACAAAGAGAACUGGCCCAUUGCAGGUGUGUGAGAAUGUAUAUGGAAGUGAUGAGAAUCAUCCUAUCAUCAGUUAGGCUUAGGUUUAGAAUCAAGUCUGUAAAAGUUUCCUGUAUCAUUUGUUGUUACGGUCACUGGUAUCUGCUUCCAAGAGAUUUCACUGUUCUUGAGUGCACAAGCCAUGUAGGAGGAAACAGGGAUGUUGCCUUGUUAACUACAUGUUUUCUGAGUAGCAUAGAAUUCUAUAGCUGGAAUCUACUAGAAUCCUCUGAUCCACUUGCAGCUGUGAAGUCAGGAAAGGAAGAUGUAAAAACUAAACAUAAUGUGUACAUGUUAGAAUGCCUGUCUGUGUGUAUUGUUUGUGUGUAUUCUUUAUUCUAAGACUUUGGGCCCAUUAUAAAGUAUAUGAACUUCCUCUAAUUUUUUUUUAACAAUAACAACUUCUACCUACUCAAA